AUGUCCGAGCGCGCUCGGCAGCGGCCGCCGCGCCGGGGCUGCGCUCGCUCGCAGCGCGGGAACCGGGGCGCGGGCGCCGCCGCCGCCCCCGCCGCCUUGGUGCCGCAGGGGCGGCCCGGGGCAGGGGCUCGGGUUCGGGCUGCGUUCGGUACCCCCCACCCCUGGGGGCCGGCGCCGGGCGGGACGCGCGGCGGGACCGGCUGCCCCCGCCCGCCCUCCGAGCGCGCCUCGGUGCGGCCGCAACUUCCCCGGUGCCCGCCCCGGGGUCAGCGGCUCGCGGCCUGGCCGGCUCGGCUCGGCCACGGCGGGAGAGCGCAUCCCUCGGCAUUAUCUUGCACGUCAUCAUGCUACUACAUGCUGCCUUCCCUACUGAGAAACUAUUACAGCACGCUGGACAAUAAAGGCUGCCUGCUGUGAUGAAUGCUGGCUACCCAAGGGCAAUGACAUCCCUCCCGACUUCACUUCUGAGUUGCUGACUGUGCCUCCCAGCAGACCUGUAUGAAAGAUCUUAAGAAUAAACUGAUCCUCGCUUUUGUUACUUAUUCUUAGCUGGUGAAAUAAAUCUUUUACAAUCCUGAAUAAAGGAAAAGUGCUACAGUUCAUUGUUGUAUACAAAGUAACCAAUAAAUAAAAUUCAUUUUGUUAACAGGCAGAAGGAACAGUAAAUUAGCACAACUGGAGGAAAAAUGUUUUUUUCAGUCUUCUCUAUACAGCUUGGUGACUUCAAAAGCUUCAAAAAAUGUAUUUCAACAUCUGACUUAUGUAUGGUUGUUCCAACCUACUCAUAAAUGAAGCUGAUUAAGACUUCCUAUCGACCAAAUUUUGAUUUCUUCUCUCAGACAAAA